UCGCUUCAGUUGGUCCACAACCUGUCUGUUUACUCUGUGUACAGCAGAGAUAUCUGUACGGUAUCUUAACAGUAACUCCUGCAGACCAGUUCUAUCUCAAGCAGCCAACAAACAUACGCGUGUUACAAUAUAGUAGGGGCAAUCAAGCAAGGAGAAGUCAUAAUGGGUAACGCAUUUGGAUAUCUGCACUGGCUGAAGAGCAACAAUCAGGCGUUCGCACCUGAUCGCACUGAAGACUUCGUGGAGAAAAACAUCGGAUUUCCGUGUCGCGUAGUGACCGGGAACAAAGCCGUGCAGUCCGUCUUUGACAUCGAUCUUUUCAAAAAGGAGGAAUUUUAUUUUGGCCAAAUAGAAGUCCGGAAGGACUUUACUGAGGGGGUCUGUCCAAGCAUCACGUCCAACGGGAAAAUCCACGAGAGGAACAAGGCGCUGAUGAUGGAUAUCAUCGCUGAGGCGUACAAAGAGAUUCCGACCUCAACAGCAAAUGCAGUUCUGUCCAACAUCGCCAGGUGGGGACGCAGACCGACCAAAUUCGAAUCAAAGUUGUUUGCAGUGUCAGCUGGAGCUCUCCUUCCCACCAUCUUCGGGAAAUCAACACAUUUCAAUGCUGAGGAAAUCGAACUCUAUAUCACUGGUUCGACUGAAUUAAGACCAGAAUGCUUGGCAGCAUUGUCGGAGGGAAAUGAGCUUGUUGAGGGGCGUCCGGCAAUUGCGUACAUCCUCGAGAAAAUGAAAACAUCAGAGAGGUACCACCAGCUGAUUGAUCUCGGCAAAUCACAUGGAUUCGGGGAGGCAGAGACAACGGGGCAGCUGCUCUUUACAAUAAUGUUCAACGGUGUUGCCGGCAUGGCAGUAAACCUGGUGCCAUCUUUCGCCCGCUUGGACACCAUCAGCGCAGAAGACCGGGAGGAGCUACGGAAGGAGGCGCUUGCCGCCCUGAAGAAACACGGAGGCCUGACCCGAGAGGCUCUGGCGGAGAUGCCGAAAAUUGAAAGCUUUGUGUUGGAAGUGCUGCGUGCUUGUCCAGCUCCGGACUUCUGGAGCACCAUUGCUACACGUCCAACGACUGUCAAGUACUCAACAGAGAGUGGACCACAGGAGGUUGAGAUAAAAGAAGGCGAACGUGUGUAUGCAAGUUCCUACUGGGCACUGAGGGACCCUGCUGUCUUUAACAAGCCAGACAACUUCAUGUGGCGUAGGUUUCUCGGCCCUGAGGGUAAAGCUCGCAGGGAACACCACGUCACAUUUCACGGCCGGCUCAUCGACACACCCGCGGCCAACAACCACAUGUGCCCGGGUAAAGACGUCGGGCUUUCGGUCAUCAAAGGCAGCAUCGCCGUUCUCAACACCUUCUUUGGAUGGGAGCUCGAGGAGCCGCCAGUGUGGACCGGGACGAAGGCAGCUCGUUUGGGGCAGCCUGACAACGAAGUCAACAUCAAUUCAUUCUGGUUGCAACACCCCAAUGACUUAAAAGCGGUUUUUCCAUCCUACUUUGAUGACAUCAUUGACGUAAGUUGUCAAUUUUGA